AGUAGUCACCUUAUUUAAAACCAUAAUAUUAAUUUAACUUUGUCUUUUAGUUACAUUCAGUUGAAUUAUAAUGUGAUGGAGUAUUAUUCCUUCCUCUAUACUGCAUAUAGUACCUUACUCUCUGCUAAGCUAAUUACAGUGAGCAUGAAUACACUAACAUAUGAAUCUGUUUUAUACUUUUCAAUCCUCUUGUUCAUGAUUGCCACCGUAGAUAGUAUUAAUCCAGAAAACUAUGAAGCAAAUUACAUGUCCGACCUUUUGAAAGCACUGAACCCAACUCCUAUGGGGUGGUCUAAUAAAACUCACUACUGUGAAUGGGAAGGCAUCUCUUGCGACUCUAGUCGAUCUGUUACAUCCAUCAAGCUCCCAUCAAGUUCACUCACUGGAAAACUCCCUACCGACAUCUUCUCUCUUAAUAAUCUCACCCACAUCGAUCUCCACAACAACUCACUCAAUGGUGAUUUGCCUGAUAUUAGAAACCUCUUAUUGCUCCAAACUGUGUCCCUUGGUCACAAUAACUUCACCUCUGUCCCGUACUAUUGCUUUCAAAACCUACAAAAUCUGAGAACCUUCAACCUUAGCAAUAACUUGAAACUCUACCCAUGGGUAUUUCCUUUGAGUAAUUUAGCUUCCUCCACAACUUUGGACUCCCUCGAUCUCGAAGCUACAAAUAUUAUAGGCCCAUUAGAUCCCGAUACAUUCCAUUCGUUUCCAAAUUUGCAUACUUUUAUUAUUUCUCACAACAAAUUGGAAGGAAGUCUACCUCAGUCUCUCGGGAAAUCUGCAAUAAGAUAUUUACGGCUUAACGACCAAGGGGGAUAUGGGUUUACAGGUACAAUUGACGUUAUAUCAAGAAUGAGUAAUUUAUCUCAAGCAUGGCUUCACAAUAACAGCUUCACAGAUCGAAUUCCCAACAUGUCCAAUUGUACUAAUUUGUCUGAUUUGCAGCUUCAGUCAAAUGUCUUAACUGGUUUGAUCCCACCUUCAUUACUCACACUACCUAGCUUAAGAAUCAUCUCUUUGGGCGCCAAUAUGCUUCAAGGACCGAUACCUGUGUUUCACAAGCGUGUUAAAGCAACUUUGAGACCAAAUUACUUUUGUCGAAGCGAUGUUGGACCUUGUGAUCCCCAAAUUAUGAUUUUGCUUGAAAUUUUUGAAGGUUUUAGGUCUCCUAAUAUUCUUAUGCCGCAAAUAAUAAGUGGAAACAAUGCUUGUAGCACAGUGCCCAUUGAGUGUCAAAGAGAGAAGAUUGUUAGUUUUGAGAUCUUGGAUUUUAAUUUAACGGGAACCAUUUCUCCCACAUUUUCCAAUUUAACAAGUUUAGUGAACUUAACUCUUGCCGGAAAUUCUUUGAAUGGUUCAAUACCACCGAGUCUUACAACUUUGCCGCAACUCCAACUUCUUGAUCUUUCUAAUAAUAAUCUAUCGGGAGUAAUUCCCAAAUUUUCAUCUAAAGUUAAAUUAAAUACCAUAGGCAAUGCUUUGCUUCACCAAAAUAUGUCUAGACAAGGUGGAGGUGAAAAUGCAACUACUGGAGGUGAUGUUCAAACUAGAGGUUCAUCUAAAGCAAACCUUAGACCUUUUUGGAUUGCAGGGGCAUCAUUGAUAAGUGUUGGGUUUGUUAUACUUAUCGUGAUUAUUUGUAAUCAUAAGAGAUAUCCUAUUUUAGUACAGUGGUUGAUGUUCUGGAAAACAAAAAAAUCUACUGACCAUGAUGUGGAUGAUUUCAUACAAAGAUUUAAUUUGUCAGUGCCAAUUAAGCAAUAUAGAUAUGCAGAAGUGAAAAGAAUGACAAAUUCAUUCAGAGAUAAAUUAGGUCAAGGAGGAUAUGGUGUUGUGUACAAAGCAAGCUUACCUGAUGGUCGUCAAGUGGCAGUUAAAAUUAUAAACGAGUCAAAGGGAAAUGGAGAAGAAUUCAUAAAUGAAGUUGCUAGCAUUAGUAGAACGUCACAUGUGAACAUCGUCACACUUUUGGGUUUUUGUUAUGAGAACAAAAGAGCACUAAUAUAUGAAUUCAUGCCCAAAGGAUCAUUAGAUAACUUCAUUUGUAAAAGCGGAUUUCCUAAUGUUACUUGUAAUUUGGAUUGGAAAACAAUGUACCAAAUUGCAAUCGGCAUUGCUCGAGGUCUAGAAUACCUGCAUCAAGGAUGUAUUUCAAGAAUUUUGCAUCUUGAUAUUAAACCCCAAAACAUUCUUUUGGAUGAAGAUUUUUGCCCAAAAAUCUCUGAUUUUGGACUGGCUAAAAUAUGUCAAAGAAAGGAUAGUAUUGUUUCAAUGUUGGGCACAAGAGGAACUAUAGGAUUCAUAGCACCAGAAGUAUUUAGCCGAACAUAUGGCGGAGUUUCUCACAAGUCUGAUGUAUACAGUUAUGGUAUGUUAAUCAUAGAAAUGAUCGGAGGAAGAAAGAAUUCUCACACUGGAGGGUCAUGUACUUCUGAAAUGUUAUUUCCAGACUGGAUUUAUAAGGAUCUCGAGUUAAGUAAUAACUUUGUAAAUUGUUUAUCAAAUUCAGAGGAAGAAAACGAUGUGGUGAGAAAGAUUACUAUGGUUAGUUUAUGGUGCAUUCAAACAAAUCCAUCGGACAGACCAUCGAUGAGUAAAGUAUUAGAAAUGCUACAAGGGCCACUUCAGUCGGUGCCGUAUCCUCCAAAGCCUUUCUUAUAUUCUUCCGAAAUUCCAUCAUUACAAAUUUCAUACGAGUCUUCCAAAAAUUUGUUAGAGAGAAAUUCAAUACCUUAACUGAAGAAUGAAUCCAGAAAACGUGAUUGUAUAUUUUUUGGGAUUUGAGUACAAAAGACCUGUCUCUUUGGUUGAACUUCUAAACGUAUUCAUAUUAUUUUUUGUUGGUAAUUUUCUAGAUAAUAAUUAAUGACUUUGUAGAUUAUAUUUAUAUAUUAUAUUAUAUGCAUUCAUCUUCAAUUCAUAAUUUAAUGUCUAUUGUUUCCGAUUUGUUUUAAGCAACAUAUCCAACACCCCAAAUUUUUCAAGACCAAAUAAUUAGGUCAUAUGAAGGCCUCAAAUAAGAGUAUCGAAAUCAAGAAGACGGAGAAAACUAACCUGAUGAAUUGAAUUGAUUGCUGAAAGGGGAAUUGAUAUGCAUUAAGAAACAAUUUGAUAUAAUCAGAAAUUGAUGCAAAUAAAAUGUUUUUAUGAUGCAUCUGAAGUUAUGGCAUGAACAUUGUCAAAUUAGGGGUAGCCUGUGUGAAUUGAUUCACAAUUGUAAAAUGAUCAAACAACAGCACAACAUUAUAAAUUUCUAAGACCCUCAUUCUCACUCAUUCUAUUCUUUGGUGAUUCUAUGAGCCUCUCCAAACUACGAUGCCAAAUUUCCUAACCUAUUUGUUAGAAAGCUGUUUUUUUUUCCUUCAUCUAUUCAGAGUGACAGUGGUUGGAUUUUCGUGCAGGUUUUUCAUCUAUUCCCGGUGCUUGAAUUGGAUCUUUGUGCAGCUUUGGCAUUAAGAUUUGAUAGGGUCGUGACUAAAAACUUGACCCCUAUAGACAUUUUGACUACCAAUACAAAUAUUGGGGUGGAUAGUGCGCGGAUAUGGGCGGGUUCGGGCCCAAAGUUAUCACUUUUUUUUCCUACCCCAACUUUUAUCCCUUUAUUCCUACAAACUAAUUGUUUUUCCAAUUUUAUCCCUAUCACUUCACCCCACAAAAUAUUAAGUUUUCCAGAAUUAAAAAUGAAUUACAAACCGGAAGAGAUCGGGAAUGAUUUCCGGUUUCCUCUCAUUCCCUUAGGUUUCACCGUCUCUUUCACCCUUCCAUGACUCCCUCCCUCUACCAAUUCCUUCUCCGAAUCCUUAAGUGAUAUAAUUUCUUCCUUCAGUAAAUGGUACCGAUAGUGGGUUGUGCUAAAUUCAAGGAAAAACAAAUGGAGUUUCCUUAAAUCACUCAAAGGUUGUUUCUUUGCAAGAAUUUGGCGGUGAAUCAUCAUGUGGUUUUAAACUUAACCAUGUUAGUGUUUUGGUCAAAGGGUGUACUUAGAUUCAUGAUAAUUUGGAUGAUUUAUUUGUAUUCUUGUUGAAUACAAAUUAUCAUGCUAUGUGGGUUGAGCUAUUUGUAGACAAAAUUUGUAUGUUGUUCAUGAUAAACCUGGUGCUUUGAUUUUUUUUAA